AAAAAUAUAAUUCAGUGUAUUCACCAAAAUCAUGGUUAAAUAUGAAUAUGAUAGCUCAUAAAACCUUUUUAAAAGUCCUUGAACCAAUAUCAAUAAUGAUGGAAAAAAAUUAUAUACCAGAUAAAGAAGCACCAAAUUCAUUUAAUGAAGAACUUUGGAGAGAAUAUUUCAAUUGUCUUUUAUGUCUGCUUACCAGUAGACAUCUAGUGAUUGAAGAUUUCACGCCACAAAAACGUCGUGCAAUAUGGAGGUUGGCAGGUGAUAUUCGUGGACAAGGAGCAAAAUUAUUAUCAACAUUAUGGAAUGCUAUUGGAUGGGAACAGGGUAAAGAAGGGAAAAUGGGUGGUUAUCAAGUUCGAUUCAUAAACACAUUAUUAGGUCCAAUGUUAGAAUUGUGUCUGUCUCAUCAUGAUGAGUUGCGUUCUGCUGCCACCACUGUUUUAUUCAGCAUGAUAGUAACACAAUAUAUGCUAGAAAAAGAUUUGAAACAAAUUGAAUCAGACAUUAUUGAUAUAUUUGAUAGACUUUUCAUGUCUGAAACUAAAGGUGACGAAAUGUCUUGCUCAUAUUUUAUUGCACAAUUGAAAGGAUUAUUUGAAGAAUCUUUGGUCGAUAUGGAUUUAAGAGACGCAAUGAUAAAGUUCUUGGAUUCUUUGAAUGAAUUUUUAGAACUUUUACUUGGCGUUCGUGAAUUACCCGAGGGUGAAGAAUUCCAGGAUGAUCGAAUUAUGUGUACACUCAAACUUAUGAAAUUCAUAAAAACUAUUGAAAGGAAUCAGAUUUAUAUCAAAUAUGUGCAUCAGCUUGUUCAAAUGCAAAUCAACAGUCAUAAUUUUGUUGAGGCAGCAUUAACACUAAAAUUACAUUCAGAUUUAUACAAUUGGGAUCCAAAUAUUGAAGUGGAAGCAUUACCUGAAUUAAAUUUCCCUAAACAAUCAGCUUUUGAUAGAAAGGAAAGAUUAUAUAUUCAAAUAUUGGGUUAUUUUGUUAAGGGAAAGGCUUGGGAAUAUGGUAUAGAAAUAUGCAAAGAGCUGGCCAAACAAUUUGAGUGUACCACAUUUGAAUAUCAACGUUUAAGCAAUAUACUUAAACAACAAGCUGUACUUCAUGAGAACAUUAUAAUGAAGGAACGCUAUUUCAGUGAGUACUUCAGAGUUGGAUUUUAUGGUAGAGGAUUUCCAGCUAGUUUACAAAAUCGACAAUUUAUUUAUCGUGGUUUUGAAUGGGAAAAGAUUGGUGCAUUUUGCGAACGUAUGCAGAACAAACACACACAAGCUCAACUACUUAAAUCAAAUAGCCCUCCAACUGAUGACAUUCUUCAUGGAGAUGGUCAAUUCCUUCAGGUGACAGCCGUAAAACCAGAGCCUAAUAAAGAUCUCCCUGUAUUUAAAGGAGAUGUUCCAUCAUCUAUUCGCUCCUAUUAUGAGUAUAAUUCUGUAGACACAUUUAGUUUCUCCAGACCUGUGAAUAAGAAUCCUAAUGGCAUUAAAUCUGGCAAUGAAUUCUUGGAUUUAUGGACAGAAAAAACCAUUUUAGUUUCUAAAGACCAUUUUCCAACUGUUUUACGACGAUCUGAAGUGAUCAAAAUGACUGUGUUUGAAGUUUCACCAAUUGAAAAUGCAGUGACUACAAUGAGAUCCAAGAAUAAAGAAUUAUUAAUUUUAGAAUCUAAAUAUAGAGCACUUCUUAAUUCAAAUAAUGUGGGAACUGCCAAGGUCAACACUAAUCCUUUAACAAUGUCACUAAAUGGAGCAGUGGAUGCACCUGUAAAUGGUGGUGUGCCCAUGGUGUUGAAAUAUAAUUAUGGGAUAGUUGUUAAAAAACCUUGGACUUGUGAGUUUCCGGUUGCAAGGCGUGAAGAAUGUGGAAACGUAAGAUUAAUGCGUUGGAUGGCUACUAAAGGUCAACAAGUUAAAGUUGGUCAGAAAUUUUCUACAUAUUUUAGAAUGUCCCAUGAAUAUCAAACACAUGUAAUUGUGGAUUUGUAUAUAUCAGAUAAUAUUACAACAUAUAGUGAUGAGCCUGGUGUUUACAAGUUGGGAAAAUUUACAGUAGAAGUGCCUGAUGUUCAUUUAGGAAAAAAUAGACGUACCGAAUAUGAACUUUGUUUUGAUCAAGAUGAAAUUACUGCAACUACUAAGACUCAUAAUGGAAUCAAGGAUAUAUCAAGUUCUAAAGCACUUAUUAUUGACUUUAUUAUUCACGCAAUGUCAAAUAUCAAAUUAUGUGGAAUUUUAACAUUUCAAUUAAAAUGUAAAUAUUUUCAAAAUUGA